GAAGCGUGAGGGCAAUAGUUUAAUUAUUUGUUUUCUUUUGCAAAUAUUUUAGAAUUUGACAGCACAAAGAAGUCGGCCAUUUUAUUGCUGGCUGAAGAACGGAGGGAGAAGUGAGAGCUUCACAAGCGAAGCUCUAAUUUAGUUUUUGAAUCGUUUUAUUUUAUGAUAUAAACGUUUAAAUCACGUACAAACAAGUAUACGUAUAUAGUGUAAGUUUUUAGUGAAUUUAUGUAUUGCGUGUUGGAAAAUGGACGAUCCGAAUAGAAUGAUGGCGCAUAGCGGUGGUCUCAUGGGGCCCCAAGGCUACGGGCUUCCUGGCGGGGACGGCGCGCCCGCUGCGGGCGAUGGCGAGGCGAGAAAACAGGAUAUUGGCGAAAUUCUGCAGCAAAUCAUGAACAUUACCGACCAGAGUCUCGACGAGGCGCAAGCUAGAAAACACACGCUGAACUGUCACAGGAUGAAGCCUGCUCUUUUUUCCGUGUUGUGCGAAAUCAAAGAAAAAACAGUGCUGUCUCUCCGCAACACGCAAGAGGAGGAGCCCCCAGACCCGCAGCUGAUGAGGUUGGACAACAUGCUGAUAGCUGAGGGUGUGGCCGGCCCUGAGAAGGGUGGCGGCGCUGGUGCAGCUGCUUCAGCCUCCGCAGCAGCAGGGGAAUGGGGCACUGUGGCCCAAGCAGAUAACGCGAUCGAGCAUUCCGACUACCGCGCGAAGCUGGCCCAGAUCCGCCAGAUCUACCACCAGGAGCUGGACAAGUAUGAGAACGCCUGCAACGAGUUCACCACCCACGUCAUGAACCUGCUGCGGGAGCAGAGCCGCACCAGACCCAUCACUCCUAAGGAGAUAGAGCGCAUGGUGCAGAUCAUACACAAGAAGUUUAGUUCCAUCCAGAUGCAGUUGAAACAGUCCACGUGUGAGGCAGUUAUGAUCCUACGCUCACGUUUCCUGGACGCGCGCCGAAAGCGCCGCAACUUCAGCAAGCAGGCGUCAGAGAUCCUGAACGAGUACUUCUACUCGCACCUCUCCAACCCUUACCCCAGCGAAGAGGCUAAGGAGGAGCUGGCGCGCAAGUGCGGCAUCACUGUCUCCCAGGUGUCCAAUUGGUUCGGCAACAAGCGCAUCCGCUACAAGAAGAACAUCGGCAAAGCGCAGGAGGAGGCCAACCU